UCCUACCCCGGCCGCCGCCACGAGCGCCGCCCUUCCUAGAGCCCUAGCCCCGUAACCAAUUCCGAACACAACACUUCAGGUUGAGGAAGAGGGGGGAAGGCCCCUACCCUUACGUCUCCGCGUCAAUCGCCGGAGACGGAGACGGCCAGAAUAGCUGCAGGCCGCGAAGCACUCACGUGAGGCCCUUGGCGCCGGAGCAGGUCACUUCCCCGAAUCACAACGCCUUUCUCCUGUAUCCGCAGAUUUAUAGACAGAUGUCUAGUAGUUCCAAUGGCCAUUGUCCAGGUAAUGGUGCAAAAGUUCUGCCGAGAAGAGAGAAGAACAACCAGGAGAAACUACAGCUCGACAGAAAUGCAGCUUCUAGGGCCUGUCAGAAGGACAGGCAAUAUAUUGAGAAAUUGGAAACUGAACUGAGUAAUUGCUAUCAGGAAAUCGACUAUUUGCAGGAUCAGUUAAAUAUCAGGAAUAUUGAAGCAAACAUCAUGGGGCAGCAUAUUCAUGGCCUCGAACUGAAGCUAACUGAACUUGAAAAAUUCCCUGAAAGAGUGAGAGUUAUGGACAAUGAUCUGAUGCGGUCUGAUUCUCAGUGCUGGCUUCUGAUGGAAGAAGUCCAACGUAAAGAAGAGGAGCUGCAAAAGGCAGCCUUACAAAUAGAGAAGCUUGAAAGUGUAACUUUAGAUUCACAAUGUGAAAUUGAGAGUUUAAAACUUGAUUUGACUACACUUGAGCAAAGACUAUUUGAUGCUGAGAGGUUUGGCCAGCAUGCUGCUGAGUACAAAGCUAAAAUUGAGAAGCAACUGAGAGAGUAUGAGCUCCAGCUGCAAGAGGCACGAAAGACAAUUGAUCAUCUUGAAGUUGAGAAUACACAACUGAAAAAGGAAUUCUUGCCUAGAAGGGUUCCUAAACAAUCCUCUUCUACAUCUGUGGAGCAACUUGACAAAACAUUGGAGAAUGAUGGUCAUGCAAACUAUGAAAGAGAUCAUGGAGUUCUUGAAAAGAUAGGGAGGCAAAAUGAAGAACCUGAACUUCUAAUUGAGCAGCUUAAGGUAGAACUUCGAGAACAGAAACUGAAAGCAAAGGAGGAUGCGGAAGACCUCACUCAAGAAAUGGCUGAACUGAGGUACCAGAUAACGGGCAUGCUUGAGGAAGAAUACAAGCGCCGGUCUUGCAUUGAGCAAGCGGCUAUUCAACAAAUUCAGCAGCUGGAGGUUCAGGUCUCCAAAGAGCAAACAAAAUUGAGCGGAGCUCUAAGGCGACUGCAGGAAUCCCAUGAACUAGCUGACACACAGGCUAUGGAGAUUAAGAAACUGAAGAACGCUUUAGGGAGGCUGGACUCUGCACUGAAUCACGGGAGAGUUUGCAGAUCUUGUUCUUGCGGGUUCUGUCCAAUGUUGGUAGAAUUGUCUAAGUGCUCGAUUGAAGGGUCACUCGAUCUCAGACCUUCCAACUCUAGCAAAAUUGAUGAAACUUCGCAGAACCAAGGGCUGCUAGAGUGGCGUCCUGAUGAAGCUUCAGCCAGUGACACAGUAUAGAAUGUAGAUAUGCUAGAUGCACUCAUGUUUGUGCAGCUGCUGUAUAGAAGAAUUCUUUGUGCUACUGCUGUAUGUAAAUGCAUAUGCAUUUGUAACCUUAGUGAGCUGUUUUAUUUGCGGAUUAGUUUCCCAGCGUCCGCUUGGUGUUAAGCUCCAACGAUGAUGCCAAUGUAACUUGUAACACUUCAUUCAUCAUGUCAAAUUCAACCUCACAAGGAUGUUACUCA